UUGACAUUCUCUCUCUCUUUUUUUUUUUCACAAAAACAAGCACUCCCAAAUUACACUCGCACUAUCACUCACACAACAAUAGAGCCAAUCAAAUCGAAUUUCCCAGAUUUUGUUGAUUGUUCUUCCGAUUAUCAGAGAAGAUUGAAGAUUUUCAAUCGAAUUUUCAAUCGUCAUUUGUAAAAAUCCAGAAAUUUCCUAAUCAAAACCCUAGAAAAUCUGAAAAUCGAAGCGGAGAGAUCACAAAUCUCUCCUCUGCAAAUCAAUGGCGACUCGGAGAACGACGCUGAGUUUGAAUUUGUUGUUUCUCGCUUGCAUUUUAUCUUACACUGUCUUCGCCAUUGCAGCGAAGAGUUAUUAUGAUGUAUUACAAGUGCCAAAAGGAGCUUCAGAAGAUCAGAUCAAACGAGCUUACAGGAAGCUUGCGUUGAAGUAUCAUCCUGAUAAGAAUCAAGGCAAUGAAGAGGCAAACAAGAAAUUUGCAGAAAUUAACAAUGCUUAUGAAGUUUUGACUGAUAGUGAGAAGAGGAAUAUUUAUGAUAGAUAUGGUGAGGAGGGACUAAAACAACAUGCUGCAAGUGGCGGCCGAGGUGGUGGUGGUGGAGGAUUCCAGGACAUAUUCAGCCAAUUCUUUGGAGGAGGUAUGGAAGAGGAAGAAGAGAAAGUAUUGAAAGGGGAUGACGUGAUUGUAGAAUUAGAAGCAUCGUUGGAAGAUCUGUACAUGGGAGGCACAAUGAAGGUGUGGAGGGAGAAAAAUGUUAUAAAGCCAGCAUCAGGAAAAAGAGACUGCAACUGUCGUAAUGAGGUCUAUCAUCGCCAAAUAGGUCCAGGAAUGUACCAGCAGAUAACGGAGCAGGUCUGUGAGAAGUGUCCAAAUGUAAAGUAUGAGCGUGAAGGUUACUCCUUGACAGUAGAUAUCGAGAAAGGGAUGAAAGAUGGACAAGAAAUAUCUUUCUAUGAAGAUGGUGAGCCCAAAAUAGACGGAGAAGCUGGGGAUUUGAAGUUCCGUAUCCGUACAGCACCCCAUGAUGUUUUCAACAGGGAUGGGAAUGACUUGCGAACAACUGUUACGAUAACUUUGGUUCAAGCUCUUGUUGGAUUUGAGAAGAGUAUUAAACACCUUGAUGAACAUUUGGUAAACAUCAGUUCAAAGGGUAUUACAAAGCCCAAGGAAGUGAGGAAGUUUAAAGGAGAAGGAAUGCCACUGUAUUUGAGCAACAAGAAAGGUGAUCUCUAUGUCACCUUUGAAGUUUUGUUUCCAACUUCAUUAACAGAAGAACAGAAGAUCAAAAUCAAAGAAAUUCUUAGUUAGAUUGUCGUAAAAUUUUUGUUCUCUCAAGGAUGUUCUAAUGUGCCCACUGUAACAUGAAUACAUGGUGAACCUCUUACCUUCCUUCUUGAUCUUUCAUUUUUAUGAAUUAGAUUAGGUGCUGCAAUUUGCAAAUGUCCUGUAUUUAUAAGGGCUUCUGCUGAGGUUACAAAAUUACCUUUGUUGGGUUUAGGAUUGUUAUAAUAUCAAUAUAGUGUUUUAUAUUUUUUGACUUUGAUGGACAUUUAUAAUAUGUGGCAUGUCUUCAAGACCUCAA